AUGGCCAUGAUGUUGAAACCCUGGACAGCCUUGGUUGCAGUUGUCCUGUGCGUAUUAAUCUGUCUCGGCACCUUUGUGGAUGCGUACCCACCCAAACCAGAGAACCCCGGGGAAGACGCGCCACCCGAGGAACUGGCCAAGUACUACACGGCACUGAGACACUACAUCAACCUCAUCACGCGGCAAAGGUAUGGCAAGAGGUCCACGCCAGCUGAUGGGAUGCUCUCAGAGCUUCUGUUUGGGGACAGCACCGAGCACCACCAGAGGUCAAGAUACGACGACUCCUACAUGUGGUGACGUCCCUCAUGCCCUCAUCGCGUCUCUCGCUCUCCUCCACGUUGAUGGAUGAAGCCCACCUGUGCCUCUCACCACUCACCACACAACCGCCCACUGCCAACCAACCGCCCAGAAACACAUGCUCACAUGCUCGCUCGCUCGUCUGACAACAUCUGCCCAGUCCAGCAGUUUAACCACAAAACCUCUCUCUGUCUCUCUGUCUCUCUGUCUCUCUGCCUGUCUCUCUGUCUGUCUCUCUGUCUCUCUGUCUCUCUCUCUCUCUCUCUCUCUCUCUCUCUCUCUCUCUCUCGCUUAUACACUGUCUCUUUGUCUCUCUCCUUGGGUCCGUUUCUGUUUUCCUGUAUGUCUGUAUUCUCUCUCUUCUCUUCGGUCUCUGAUUGUAAACUCUCAACUCUCCGAUCCCCCCUUCCUUUUGUCUUUUCGUCUGUUUGUCUCUCUUCCUCUCUUUCUGUCAUGUCCUCGAAACAUAUCACCUCAAAACAUUACAUUGCCAUUUCUUUCACAAAGAGAGUUGUACAUAAUUUAUUAUUGAAUAGAGAGAUAUGAGAUAUGAUGUAACUGUAAUCUGACAAACA